GUUGAUCUGUUGUGCCAGGAAGUCCGGAAGAGAAACGGGAUUCAUGUGCUGCCUAAGCGGGUGACACUGCUCCAUGUAGUCGAGAUUUCCUCGACCCUCCUCGAAAGCUUUUUGAUCUGGUAUUAUAGAAGCUGCCAGCCAUGGGCACUGGAAUGUCUAAGAUUUUGGAUGGCCUCUACCUGGGAAAUAUUAGAGACUCCCAGGACAAAGACAAUCUGGUUAAGAAUGGAGUCACACACAUCCUGUCUAUUUGCAACAAUGCCAAGCCUGUGCUUGAGGACAUGAAGUAUCUUUGCAUCCCUGCUUCUGAUUCUUCAAACCAGAAUCUAAUACAGUACUUUAAGGAGUGUAUCAAGUUUAUCCAUGAAAGCCGAAUUCAUGGUGGAGGGUGCAUCGUCCAUUGCUUGGCUGGAGUUUCACGCAGCACAACCAUGGUGGUGGCUUACCUCAUGACGGUGACUGACUAUAGCUGGGAGGAGUGUUUGUUCGCAGUGAAGUCUGUCCGAUCGUACGCCAGCCCAAACAUUAGCUUCCAGCAACAGCUCCAAGAGUUUGAUGCAACUCUUGUAAAAGAGUAUCGGAGAUGGCUUCAGACAGAAUAUGGCGAAAAUCGAUUUAAUGACAAGCAGGAGAUAGGGAAGCUGGUGUCACAGUACAACGAGAAACAGAAACAGCAGCAUCCGAGAUAUGCGGAGCAACAAGGCACAGACCAAUCAGCAAAUGUGUACCCUCUCCCUUACAAAGCCUAUGGCAGUAGCAGCCAUGACUGGGCGAACAGAUAAUAGGAAUCAGUGCCUGAUUGCCCCAUGUCAUUUUAUUCAUUGUAAAUUAGCAGGAAUAUAUGUAGAAUAUAAACCAAUGGUGCAAUACGAUGCAGAGUAUUAUGCAUACACACUGUCCUCUCUUUUGUUUAUCACUGGCAGUUUCCCUUAGCUACAUUGUGAGAGUUGUGCCUUUUCUUAAACCAAGUGCCUAACUACAAUUUGUGUUCAGUUGUAUUAGCUCAGCUCCUUUUCUUUAUUCAGAACAGAUGCUUGCUCUGAUAUCUUUGGGCGAAUUCCUGUUUGCCUUGAAUUUAUUUAACAAUGGACAAUGUUACCACUUUUACAAGAAGACAUUGACAGUGUUUUAAAAUGCCAAUAUUUUAUUCGCUAUGCAGGUCAGCAGUUGUAUUUUCUUUAGUCUUAAAUUUUUAAAUGUGUAAAAUAAAAUUCAAAAUUUGG